AUGAAUCUAUCGCAGCUCCAAUUGCUGCGAGUUUCAGUUUCAAUCUUCCUUGCUCUGUUUCUUCUUUCCCCUGCCCCUCUCGUUGACUCCGCUGACAAUGACUUCUACCCGGAGGAGCGAGACGCGCUCCUGCAGAUCAGGGACUCGCUUCCCUCGACGGCGAAUCUCCACGCGCUGUGGACGGGGCCGCCUUGCCGCCGGAGUUCCAGCCGAUGGCCGGGCAUCGCCUGCGAUAACGGCCACGUGGUCCACCUGGUGCUUCAGGGGAUCAACCUGACGGGAAACCUUCCGACCCAGUUCCUGCAGAACAUCACAUUCCUGACCAAAGUCAGCUUCGUCAACAAUUCCCUCCGUGGGCCGCUUCCUAAUCUAACUAGCCUCGUCAGGAUGGAGCAAGUCUCCCUGUCAUUCAACUGGUUCACCGGUUCGAUCCCGCCAGAGUAUGCUGCCCUGCCCAAUUUGAAAAUCCUGGAGCUGGAGAGCAAUUCUCUGCAGGGGACGAUCCCGGGUUUUAAUCAGUCUGGGUUGAUCCGAUUCAAUGUGUCGUACAAUCUGAUAGGAGGUCGGAUCCCUCAAACGGCGGCUCUGGAGAGGUUUCCCCGUAGCUCCUUCGACCACAACUCGCAGGAUCUCUGCGGCCCACCGUUGGACUCCUGCCCUGUUCCGCCCCCGCCCCCGUCGCCUCUGCAUCCGCCUCCGCCUCCACCGCCGAGUCCGACUCCGUGGCGGAAAAGGAAAAUUGGAGUUAAUCUAUGGGUAAUUGCAGUGAUCGCUCUUGGAGGUGCAUUAUUGCCCCUAUUCAUCAUCAUACUCUGCCUCCUCCGUUGCCGGAAGCAGGGGAAGGGGACCCAAACUCCCGAAGGUAAUAAAAAAGUUCAUUUCUUGCAAUUGAAUUGGAUUAAUUGGUUGAAUUGGAGUAAUGGGUUUUUUCCAACAGGCCGAAGCUACAUGGAGUGGUCGGAGAAGAGGAAGGGUUACUCAGGGAGCGGUACGGACCCAGAGAGAACAGUGGAAUUGGACUUCUUCGUCGAAGACAUUCCUGCCUUCGAUCUUGAAGAGCUGCUGAGAGCCUCGGCUGAAGUCCUGGGGAAGGGCAAGAACGGAAGUACAUACAAGGCAACCCUUGAAUCAGGAGCGGUCGUCGCCGUUAAGCGCCUCAGGAAAGUGAGCGUCUUGUCUCAGAAAGAAUUCGUCCAGCAGAUGCAGCUCCUCGGAAACCUGAAGCACCACAACCUGGCACAGCUCGUCUCCUUCUACUACUCCCCUGACCAAAAGCUCAUCAUCUACGAGUACAUCCAUGGCGACAACCUCUUCGAAAUGCUACACGAUAACAGAGGAAUUGGAAGAAUGACAUUGGAUUGGACAGCGAGGGUGUCAAUAAUCAAAGCCAUAGCCAAGGGUUUGACGUUUCUCCACACCGCUUUACCUUCCCACAGGGCGCCUCACGGCAACCUCAAAUCCUCCAACGUCCAUGUUCACAGGGAAGGUCUGAACUACUACUGCAAGCUCACCGAUUACGGCCUGCUGCCGCUACUUCAGUCGCAGAAGGUGUCGGAGAGGCUGGCUGUAGGGCGGUCGCCCGAGUACUGUCAGGGGAAGCGGCUGACGCACAAGGCUGACGUGUACUGCUUCGGAAUCCUGCUCCUGGAGGUCAUCACGGGGAAGAUCCCCGACGACAGGCCGUCGACGACGACGAGGCUGGAUGACCUGUCAGGGUGGGUCAGGUCGGCGGUGAACAGUGACUGGUCGACGGACAUAUUGGAUAUAGAGAUUAUGCAGUCGAGGGAAGGUCACGGCGAGAUGUUUCAGUUUACUGACUUGGCGCUGGAGUGUACUUCUGGGCCGCCGGAGAAGCGGCCAAAGAUGAGCGAGGUGGUGAGAAGGAUUGAGGAGAUUGAGCAGAGAAAGAGAUAA